UCAAGCCAUAUAUACAUUUGCCCUUCUUUAUCAGUAAGUUUCCUUAUAGUUCCAACCAUGUCCUCUUCACCCAUCCGUGAUCUCAAUGAUCUUCCUGAAGAUCCCAGCUUGAGGGACACUGAAUCGCAAUCGCAAACCCAGCGCCACGCGGCUGGUGUAGUCCCAUCAUCACCACUUUUCUUCCCAACAUCUUCUUCUCAACCAGCUUCAGAUGCUAUCCAAGCUACGACCCCUAAUCCACAACUUCUGUCGCAGAGAAGAGACAUAUCUUCUCCUUUACACUACACGUCUUCCGCACACCAUACCUCGGAUGUACGCACAGAUGGUACUCGAGUAAGGUCAGAUCGUAUCACGAGUGAUGUUGAUAGAAUUGUCAGAAGAAACACUAGAAGUGAUUUACAAGAUAGUACCUCUUCGCCAAUGCGUCGUAGAGUGUUCACCGAAUCGACCAAUUCAAUCCUUCUGCUGCAAGCAGGGUCUACGGGGAAUUCAGCACGCGCAGGAAGAUUCCUGUCUUCUUCAGAUGCAAUUGAACCAAAUGAUGAACCAGUGAGAGUCAUUUGGGGUACAAAUGUUUCCAUUCAAGAUUGUUCUAACUCAUUCCGAGAUUUCCUUAUGUCGUUCAAAAUCAAACAUAGAAAGGUUAUGGAUGAACAAUUUGUUGAACCAGAAGACCAUGAACUUUACUAUGUCAGUCAAUUGAAUAAUAUGAGAGACUUGGGUCUUACCAAUUUGAAUUUGGAUGCAAAGAAUCUUCUUGCAUACCCAACAACCCGAAAACUUUACUAUCAAUUGAUUAAUUACCCUCAAGAAGUGAUUCCAAUCAUGGAUCAAACCGUGAAAGAUUGUAUGGUAUCUCUUGUGAUGGACAACACCACCUACAAUGGAGAAGUGAACAUUGAUGAUAUCGAAACUAAUAUCUACACCAUUCGUCCAUAUAACAUCAAUACUGUGGAACGUGGGAUGCGUGAAUUGAAUCCUAAUGACAUUGACAAGCUUGUGAGUGUCAAGGGGUUAGUGUUGCGUGCCACCGCCAUCAUUCCAGACAUGAAGGUUGCCUUUUUCAAGUGUAACGCAUGUGACCAUACCAUUGCAGUUGAAAUCGAUAGAGGGGUUAUUUCAGAACCAACAAAAUGUCCUAGAGAAGUUUGUGGACAAACUAAUUCAAUGAUGAUUGUACACAAUCGUUCUUCCUUUGCUGACAAGCAAGUGAUCAAAUUACAAGAAACUCCAGAUUUAGUUCCAGACGGACAAACACCUCAUUCCAUUAAUCUUUGUGUAUACGAUGAAUUGGUUGAUUGUUGUCGUGCCGGUGAUCGUAUUGACGUGUGUGGGAUUUUCAGAUCACUUCCAGUAAGAGUGAAUUCCAAACAAAGAGCAUUGAAGAAUUUGUACAAGACAUAUUUGGAUGUUGUUCAUGUUCAAAAAAUCGAUAAGAAGAGAUUGGGAGCAGAUGCAUCGACUUUACAACAAGAAGCCACCAACCGUGAACAAGAAGUUCUGGAAUUCCGUAAAAUUAGCAGUGAAGAUGAAGCACAAAUUAAGGAAAUUGCCAAUCGUCCUGACCUUUAUGAGGUUUUAGCUAGAUCUUUAGCUCCAUCAAUUUUUGAAAUGGAUGACGUUAAGAAGGGAAUUUUAUUGCAACUUUUCGGGGGAACCAACAAGACUUUCAAAAAAGGUGGGAGAUAUAGAGGUGAUGUGAAUAUUUUACUCUGUGGGGAUCCAUCCACCUCAAAGUCUCAAAUUUUACAAUAUGUUCAUAAAAUCGCCCCUCGUGGUGUUUACACUUCUGGUAAGGGUUCAUCUGCCGUUGGUUUGACAGCUUACAUUACUAGAGAUAUUGAUACAAAGCAGCUUGUGUUAGAAAGUGGUGCGCUUGUAUUGUCUGAUGGGGGUGUUUGUUGUAUUGAUGAGUUCGAUAAGAUGAGUGACAGUACUAGAAGUGUUCUUCAUGAAGUAAUGGAACAACAAACAAUUUCCAUUGCCAAGGCUGGGAUUAUCACCACUUUAAAUGCUAGAACAUCUAUUUUGGCAUCUGCUAAUCCUAUCAAUUCUAGAUAUGAUCCAAAUUUACCUGUGACUGCCAAUAUUGAUCUCCCACCACCAUUACUUUCCAGAUUUGAUUUGGUUUAUCUUAUUUUAGAUAAGGUUGAUGAGAAGAUUGAUCGUCAAUUGGCUAGACAUUUGACAGAUAUGUAUUUGGAAGAUACUCCAGAAAAAGUCACCAAUAACUUUGUGUUACCGGUUGAAUUUCUCACCUUGUACAUUCAAUAUGCCAAGGAACAUUAUAAUCCAGUGAUGACUGAAGAAGGUAAGAGUGAAUUAGUCAAAUGUUAUGUUGAGAUGAGAAAAUUAGGAGACGAUGCUCGUUCUUCAGAAAAAAGAGUCACUGCUACCACUAGACAGCUUGAAUCGAUGAUCAGAUUAUCCGAGGCUCAUGCCAAGAUGAGAUUAUCCAACAAGGUUGAACUUAAGGAUGUUCAAGAAGCAGUUAGAUUGAUCAGAUCAGCCAUCAAGGAAUAUGCCACUGAUCCAAUCACCGGAAGGAUUGAUAUGGAUAUGGUCCAAACUGGUACCACUUCAGCACAAAGAAAGGUUCAAGAAGAUCUUGAACGUGAAAUUAUGAAUAUUUUGGGAGAGGCAAACAACAACAUGAAGUUUAAUGAUUUGGUACAGAGAUUGAAUGAAAAGGUCACCUACAGAGUGGAAAGUCUGGAAGUUGGCGAAAGUAUCAAGAGAUUACAACAAGAGGGUAAAAUCAUAGAGACCGGGGAUAGCCAUAGAAGAACUAUCCGGAAGAUUGCGUUGUCGUAGUGAUUUAGUGUAUAUUAUUAUUAGUGUUAUUCGUAUUAUUAUAU